AGUGAAGCUUCCCAGCUUCCGUCUGUCGCCCCUGACAUGACCUGAUGGCUGUGGGACCGGUGCUUGAUUUUCAGACGGAUUGCUACACGGGGGUGACCGGCACCAUCUACGAGCACGGCGCGCUCACGCUCAGUGACGGGGACUACGUCCCGUUCAGGCGGUUCGAGGGCAGCACGGUCCUCUUCGUCAACGUGGCCUCCUACUGUGGCCUGACGGCUCAGUACCCUGAGCUGAACGCACUUCACGAGGAGCUGAAGCCUCAUGGCGUGGUCGUGCUGGGCUUUCCCUGCAACCAGUUUGGAAAACAAGAACCAGGAAAGAACUCAGAGAUCCUCUCAGGGCUCAAGUACGUGCGUCCAGGCGGCGGCUUUGUCCCCAGUUUCCAGCUCUUUGAGAAAGGGGAUGUGAAUGGGGAAAACGAACAGAAGAUCUUUACCUUCCUGAAGAACUCCUGCCCACCAACCUCUGAACUUUUGGGCUCACCAGAUCAGCUCUUCUGGAAGCCCAUGAAGGUCCACGACAUCCGCUGGAACUUUGAGAAGUUCCUGGUGGGGCCCGACGGGGUCCCGGUCAUGCGGUGGUUCCACAAGGCUCCCAUCAGCACCGUCAGGGCGGACAUCCUGGAGUACCUGAAGCAGCUAAAAACCAAGUAGAAAGGGCCAGAGGCCGUCAGAAGUAGCCACCUGCCUCCCGCCUGAAGGACUCGGUGGAACGCUGGGUUCCUUGCCACCCAGUGUCCCUGUGACCAAGCCCUCCUGGAUAUGCGUGCAUGCCAGUGUGUGUGUGCUCGUGUGGGUCCAAGGAUAACCUAUCUCCCCAACUGUCUGCUCCCCAGAUAUCAGGUUUUCCCACUGUGUUACAAAGGAAAAGCAGAUUUCAGGGUAGAUGGCUCAGACUACCCAACAUUCCAGAAAAACGUGAGCCCCAGAAGUUCUGGUGUCUGUCCUUCUCCAUUCUGGAGGGUCGAAGAAGGCAGAACUGGCUGCAAGACCCUCAAGUACCCCUUGUGACCUCUCCUGUCCUUGAAGAUAGACCCGGGCGUCAAGCUCUCCCUCUCCGGAAUGAGGCCUCCAGUUCCCACACCCCGCAGACCCUUCCGGGGCCUCUGAGGUCCCGGCAAGGGCAGAGGCCGGGGGCGGUGACAGGAAGGGCCUCUUCCUGCCAGAGGGCCCCAGCCCCUCAGGGUUGGACCCACCCCAGCCUCCUUGGCUCCUUCCCCUUGGUGCUGCUGGCCAUCGCACCGGGACAGGGGUGUCCCUUCAUCCGAAGGCAGGGCUUUGUCCUCCCGUGCCCCCCGCCUCUCACCUCUUCUCAUCACUGACUCAAAUAAAGGAAUUUCUGCAGCA